AUGGCAUUGAUAAGGAGCAGCUCCCAGCUGAGGUCUGGCCCAGGAGGGGGCAGUGGCUGCCAAGGCCCCCUAGGCAUGCUCAGGGCUGCCCUUCUGCUUGCCAGCCUGUCUUGGGGGGCACAGGGAACGGCCAUUGCCAACCUCAGCAAAGCUCUGGGCCACCCUGGGCCCCUGCCGGGGGGCCCCUACUUGAGCAUCGGGGACGGCUCCGUGGUGGAGUUUGAGUUCCCAGAGGAUAGUGAGGGCAUCAUCGUUAUCUCGAGCCAGUACCCAGGCCAGGGCAACGGGCCACGGCCCUCCGCCACGCUGAGAGUUACCUCCUUGGCCACGGAGGUGCUGACCAUCCAAAACGUGAGUGCCAUAACCUGGGGCAGUGGGGGCGGCUUCGUGGUGGGCAUCCACUCGGGCCUGCCGGGGCUAGCCCCACUCCACAUCCAGCUUCUGGACCCCAACGAAGUCCCCCCGACGCUGAUUGAGGAGCGGAAAGAUUUCUGCAUCAAGGUGUUACCCGCCGAGGAUGCCCCCGCCACCGUUGGCACCGACCUGGUCCACUUCUCCGAGAACCCGAUCCUCUACUUGCUGCUGCCCCUCAUCUUCGUCAACAAGUGUUCGUUCGGGUGCAAAGUGGAGCUGGAGGUCCUGAAGGGGCUCCUGCACAGCCCCCAGCCCAUGCUGCUCGGCCUGCUGGGCCAGUUCCUGGUGAUGCCCUUGUACGCUUUCUUCAUGGCCAAGGUCUUCAUGCUGCCGCAGGCCCUGGCUCUGGGCCUCAUCAUCACCUGCUCGUCACCUGGUGGCGGGGGGAGCUACCUCUUCAGCCUCCUCCUCGGAGGGGAUGUCACCCUGGCCAUCUCCAUGACUUUCAUCUCCACGGUGGCCGCCACCGGUUUCCUGCCCCUGUCCUCCGCCGUGUACAGCCGCCUGCUCAGCAUCCACGAGACACUCCACGUGCCCAUCUCCAAGAUCCUGGGCAGCCUGCUGUUCAUCGCCAUCCCCAUCGUGGUGGGCGUGCUGAUCAAGUCUAAGCUCCCCAAGUUCUCGCAGUUGCUGCUACAGGUCAUCAAGCCGUUCAGCUUCGUGCUGCUCCUGGGCGGCCUCUUCCUGGCCUACCGCAUGGGGGUCUUCAUCCUGGCGGGCGUCAGGCUGCCCAUCGUGCUGGUGGGCCUCACGGUGCCCCUGGUGGGCCUCCUGGUGGGCUACUGCCUGGCCAUGUGCCUGAAGCUGCCCGUGGCCCAGCGGCGGACGGUCAGCAUUGAGGUGGGGGUGCAGAACAGCGUGCUGGCCUUGGCCAUGCUGCAGCUGUCCCUCCGCCGCCUGCAAGCCGACUACGCCUCGCAGGCCCCCUUCAUUGUGGCGCUGAGCGGCACCUCAGAGAUGCUGGCCUUGGUUAUUGGGCACUUCAUCUAUAGCAGCCUGUGCCCGGUUCCCUGA